AUGUUAAGUCGUUCAAUUUUCAAGAGAAAAGCUUUCCAAUUAAAAGCAAAGACUAGCAUAAUUUCAAACAUAAACUCAAUAUCAUGGAUCGUUUAUCAUGAUACCAUUUCAAUUUGGAAAGCAUUACCUUUUUCAUCAUUUAGUUCUCGACCUUCUAAUCUCACUGCUGCCUCCAUGUUACAUGCAAAAGCUGAUAUCUCAAGAAUUAAAAUCAAUUUUAUGAAGCAUGGGAUCAUUAGUUCUCAGUAUCGUAGCCUUUUUAAUGAAACUACCAUUGAGCAUAAUAAUAAUAAUGAACAAACUAUUAGUAAAAUGACACGUCGGCCUAGGGUUAGAUCUGAGAUUAAAGAACUUCGAAAGAAACAGCAAAAAUUUUUUGAUGAACAUUUAAAUAAAGAUCACGUUUCUUUGGAAUUGUUAGAAGAUUUUCCUGUAUGGCUUGAUAAUUUGGGGCUAAAAUUUCUCGCACCAUGUUUUAAGGAUAAAAAAUGGCAAGAUAUUAUCGAAAUGAAUUCUGAGGAAUUAAAUGAUUUGGGUAUUCGGACACAAAAAAUUCAAAAUUUUUUGUUGAUAAAUUUCUGGUAUGUUAGGAAUUAUAUUGCUUCCCAAAAAGGGAUCAAAUUACUACCAUCCAAACAGUUGGAGAUGCUAUUAAAUAGAAAAGAAUUUUAUGAAAAUAAUUAUGAUAAAACUAUAAACUACGAAUUAUUAGAAGAUUUUCCCGUGUGGCUUGAAGGUCUUGGUUUAAAACAUCUGGCGCGUCAUUUUGAAGGAAAAAAGUGGGAAGAAAUAAUAGAAAUGGAUUGGCAAGCUUUGGAUGUUUUAGGCAUUGAAUCUCGACUAAUCCGAGCUAAAUUAGUUAGUCAUUUUUGGAAAGUUAAAAGGGAUAUUGCUGCUAAAAAAGGAUUAACCUUACCAGAAAAAGAAGAAAAACAUAGACGAGAGCUUACUGUGGAAGAGAGGGAAAUUAUUGCUCAGCGCGAAAAAUUUUACAAAGAUAAUUAUAUUAAUAUUAAUUAUAAAUUAUUAGAAGAUUUCCCCGCAUGGCUUGAUGGACUUGAUUUGAAAUAUCAUAUUUCACAGUUCGAAGGAAAAACUUGGAAUGAGGUUAUCAAUUUGGAUUCACAGGGUUUAAUAAAUAUUGGUGUCAAAUAUUUUACGCCCAGGGAAAAGUUGCUUUCAUGUUUUUGGUUUGUCCAACGUGAUCUUGCAACGAAACAAGGUACAAAGUUGCCAUCAAUAGAAUUAGUUAGACAUCGGAGGUUUUUCAAAGAUCGACUCGCUGCUGGAUCAAUUCCACCAGAAAUGGUAGCAGAAAUUCAAGGCAAAAAAGCC